AUGCACACAAUUUUUCUACUUUUUCUAACUUUCAAUGUCAAAUUCACAAAAUCGUGUGAACAACGCGCGAAAAUUGAAUAUCUCAGAUAUCCAUCAACACUGUUCAUUUUUAUGCGAACAAAUCUGAACAAAGAUUCAAGAUUUGAGGAUGAUGUGAGUGCCUUUUUUUUCGUAGCAUUUUGGACAUACUGGGACUCCGAAUUCGAAUUCGCAGAGAGGGUCCUUAACUUUUUAUAUAUUUAUUUUUUUCCUGGUAGGGAGGUUAACUCAAGGGUCCGACUAGUUCAUGUAUGAUUUUGGAAUUCCAGCAGGCCGUGGCCCCCAGGCUUUGCAGGAGUGACUGCAUCAACAGAGUACCAAACAGAUCUGGGAAUUUUUACGUUUCCGUUUUUUUCGUUUUACGGUUUUACCGCUCAAAAAAUCGUAAAAUAAUUCGUAGAAAAAAAUCACUAAAUAUAGUUUAAUUAUUUUGAAUUUUUACAGAAUCAAAUAGAAAGUUAAAAAACAAAACAUUUUUCAAAGAAAAUUUUGAUUGAAUCCUAAUUUAUCAACUUUUUGAUGAAUAUCAAGAAUAAUAUUGUUAAAAUUAUGUUGGAGUUACGAUAAGUUACCAAAUCCCUAUUUCUGAAGACAUUUUUGCUGAUUUUACGGGAUUUUACGGUUUUUGAAAGCGUUAAAUUCCGAUUUUACGUUUUACGGUGCCACGUAAAAAUUUCCCAAGUCUGGUACCAAAGCUUAACCCAUUGUUAAUGAAGCGUGGAUUAACCAAUUUUCGAAAAUUACCCAAAUCCCGUGGAAAACAGUAGAAAUAUUUUUUUGUUCGCUGUGAAAAUCGUUGCAUUUUUUGCAGGACAAGAAAAGCGUGUAUGUGUAUGAUCAAGUGCUUUGUGCAAUCCCGAAUCAAUAUGGCUUUCACUAUAGUUUUGCGUACGUUUUUGGCAAUAUACUUGACACACAUUCAACACUGUAAUUCAUAUAUAGCAUGUGAUGAAUGAGUGUGCACAUACACGUUAAAGGGGGUACGGGCUCAUCAAAAUUGUUUGGAAAAAAAAUAUAUCAUCUGACAAAAGAGGAGGUUUCGUUUAGUAUGUUCCCAAUUUUUUAAACAUUUUGUUUCAUGCGCUCGAUCUCAAAAAAAUAGCAUACGGAAACAAGAUUUUUUUUUCGUGUUUGCGAGUGAAAAAAAUGAUACUUAAACCACACCUCUGCCAAAAUCGUGGUUUCCAGAAGUCAAAAUUGUACGCUAACAUUUUUUUCGAUGUAAAAAAUGUACAUUUUCAGUUUUUGAACGUCUGAAAUGUCCAAAUGCUCGAAUUUUUUGAAGGCCCACAACUUGAUUGGCCGAGGUGUGACUGAAACGUGAAAAAAAUGUACGAAAAAUUGGGCAACAAACUACUUAAACGAAACCUCUUCUUUUAGAUAGCAUAACUUUUUUCCAUAAAAUUUUGAUGAGCCCGUACCACCUUUUAAUAUGAAUUAUCACAGAAAUAAUCCAUCAACCACAUGGUCUUUGGCAAAAAAAAGUGUUUGGAAUCACUCAAAUGGUUGGUAUUUUCUCUGGCUCUCUUAAACUAUCAUAUCUUACUUAUUUUCAGAGAACAAAGAAUGCGAAUGGUACACGAAUUGGCUUGCUAAAUUAAUUGAUCAACAAAAUUGUGGUGACGAAUGUCAACUAUACACAAUUUUUGAUCGAAUCGAAAUUGUCUAUUUUUCGCGAAAAAACGCUGAUCGCUGUGAUUAUUUGGCGAUCUAUCAAAAAUACAAAUUCAUCGCAAAUUUCAAUAUAAUUCAUUUUGAUGAUCGCAAAUAUGACGGAUAUCAUACUUUGAACAUUCGAAAUAUUUCAGCAUAUGAUAUUAGUGGAAAAGAUAGAGAUGACAUCAGAAAAAUGGCGGAAAAUUUGUGAGCUUUUGUUGUUGUUGUUGGGUGGCAUCAGACUUGGGAAUUUUUACGUUUCCGUUUUUUCGUUUAACGGUUUUACCGCGCAAAAAAUCGUAAAAUAAUGCGUUUAAAAAAAUCACUAACAAGGGAACCUUUUUUACUCAACACUUCAAAUCAUGAUGAAAUUUGAUCCAUGGACAGCUUUUGGGACCAUAAGAACACCCUAAAAUUUUUAGUCUCCCAAUGGACCUCUGAGCCAAGUUCUGGGCUCUCAAAAACUCAAAAAAGGCCUAAUAAUGGUCAUAAAAGUCAUCAUAGCUCCAUUUCAAAAUUUUUUUCGGUGGAAAUGAAGUUUCAGAUCUUGAUCAGCAUAGUCGAUUUACUAAAAGUACAUCAAUAAAAAACUUUAUUUCGAAAAAUUUUGAAGUUUUUUAUUUUUGGGCUGAAAAUUCAUAUGUGCCCCUGCUCAUUCUUUUUUUCAAAAUCAGAAAUUUUUCUGAAAAUUCGAUUUAUUUAUGCUUUUUGGGUAAAUCGACCACGCUGAUCAUCAUCUGCUACUCAGUUUUUCAUAAAAUUGAUCGAGAAUUGAGCUAUGAUGACUUUUAUGAGCAAAUAUGAGCACUUUUUGAACUUUUGAGAGCCCAGAACUUGGCUCAGAGGUCCAUUGGGAGACUAAAAUUUUUAGGGUGUUCUUAUGACCCCAAAAGCUGUCCAUGGACCAAAUUUCAUCAUGAUUUUAAGUGUUGAGUAAAAAAGGUUCCCUUGUAAAUAUAGUUUAAUUAUUUUGAAUUUUUACAGAAUCAAAUAGAAACUUUAAAAAAAAAACAAAACAUUUUUCAAAGAAAAUUUCGAUUGAAUCCUAAUUUAUCAACUUUUUGAUGAAUAUCAAGAAUAAUAUUGUUAAAAUUAUGUUGGAGUUACGAUAAGUUACCAAAUCCCUAUUUCUGAAGACAUUUUCGCUGAUUUUACGGGAUUUUACGGUUUUUGAAAACGUUAAAUUCCGAUUUUACGUUUUACGGUGCCACGUAAAAAUUUCCCAAGUCUGGGUGGCAUGGAUUUCUUCGAAGCUGCAAAAAACAUUUUUUUUUUUUGCAGCAUCGAUGAUGUUUUGGAUAUUCCUGCCGUCGAGGUUCCUCCAAUUCAAAAUUCGUGUGACUUCUACAAAGAUCAGGCAAAAAUGUUUUUAAUUUAUGGCGGUGUUGGAGCUGUUGUUGGUAUGAUUGUUUUGGGAAUUUGCGUGGAAUCUUUCAGAUGUAUUAUUGAUCAUACUAAACUUCUAUCAUUUCUCAAGAAUCAGUUUGAAAAACUCAAAAAAAAGUUUGCAAAACUGAAAAGGAAGGCGAAAAAAUCGAAAGAAGAUACACCAAAAACAAUGGUUGAUAUUGGAGAUGAAGAGACAACUGAAGGAGCUACCGGACAACAACAAAAAAAAUGGGAUUUUGAAGAUUUAGCCUAA